GAGCCCUUCCUGCCCUUCCUCCGCCCGCGCGCUGGGACUUGCUGGCGGCCGCUGCGGGAGGCGGUUGAGGCGGCUGCGGGGAUCGGCCCGUCCUCACCCGGAACGGCCAUGGCGCGGCGCCGCUAGGUUUCCGCUGCGGGGUCAGGUCGAGCUGGGGCCGCUCCGCGAGUCGCAGGCCGGGAUGGAGCCGGGGGGCGGCCGGCGGGGCCCGGAGGCAGCGGGGGGCCGAGCGUCCUGCCGGGCCGCCGCGCUGCUGUUGCUGAUGCUUCUGGCCGCGCCCGCCGGGCUGCGCGCCGCCCUGGAGGAAGAGACCGGCCGGAACAAGGAGCCGCCGGCGCCGCCACAGCAGCAGCAGCCGCAGCCCGCGGUGCAGGGGCUAGAUCCGGCCCGGGCCGAGAAAUGGCCCACGCCAGUUCCUCCAGUUCAUCUUAUCAGUGAAGAAUCUGCUGAUAAAACUAAUUUGGGGUUUAUUCAUGCUUUUGUGGCUGCCAUAUCAGUCAUCAUUGUGUCGGAGCUGGGGGAUAAGACCUUCUUUAUUGCAGCCAUCAUGGCAAUGCGUUAUAAUCGUUUGACUGUAAUGGCUGGUGCCAUGCUUGCCUUAGGACUGAUGACAUGCUUAUCAGUUUUAUUUGGCUAUGCCACCACAGUUAUCCCCCGAGUGUACACAUACUAUGCGUCAACUGCACUGUUUGCAAUUUUUGGCAUCAGAAUGCUUCGGGAAGGCUUGAAGAUGAGCCCAGAUGAGGGUCAGGAGGAGCUGGAGGAAGUUCAAGCAGAAAUCAAGAAAAAAGAUGAAGAAUUCCAGAGAACGAAACUGUUAAAUGGGCCAGGAGAUGUGGAAACAGGGACAGGCACAAAUAUACCUCAGAAGAAGUGGCUGCAUUUUAUUUCUCCAAUUUUUGUUCAAGCUUUUACUUUAACGUUCGUAGCAGAAUGGGGUGAUCGCUCUCAAUUGACAACAAUAGUCCUGGCAGCAAGAGAGGAUCCCUACGGUGUGGCAGUGGGAGGAACAGUGGGACACUGUCUAUGCACUGGGUUAGCAGUUAUUGGAGGAAGGAUGAUAGCACAAAAAAUUUCCGUUAGGACUGUGACAAUCAUAGGAGGCAUUGUUUUCUUGGCAUUUGCUUUCUCUGCACUAUUUAUAAGCCCGGAGUCUGGUUUUUAACAAGCUUUUUUUCAUUGUCUUUAAAGAGCAAGGAUCGGGAGCAACAAGUCUGUCCUUGUGUGUUGCUGUAUAUAAUGUACAAGUAUUGUUGCUAAACAAGCACUGAAAAUGAGAGACUGCAUUUCUAUAGCAGUGAGUUUGGCACAUUCAUGGACCCUAUGCCAUGAAGAUUGGUUUGCAAGGUGUAUUUAGGUGGUGGUUGGGUGCCUCACAGGAUUUGAGUGGCUUUCUUGCUUGCUGAACCCGAUCAGAUGGGUUUUGAGGAUCUGCAUCCACAAACAUGAGGCUUCCUUCCUCUGUUACACGUGAUCACUAUUGCUGUCUGUUCUAGAGCUUAUCCAUCUGGCAAGAUGAGCUGCCGCCUUGCCAACUGGCAUUAUGAUGUUACAAAUUUCUCCAAUAUUAAGGAGAAAAUCAUUGACUCUCUCACACUUCACUUCCAGGAUCCCCUGGUAGCCUAAGAAACCUGAGGGCAGCUCCCAUGCCAUUAAGUGACUGAGCCACCUAUUGAAAUGUUUAGAAUUAAUUUAAAAAGGCAAAUAUCUUAAUCAGGGGGCUUUGGUCUAAAGUCAACAAAAGUGCUGACUCACAAUGUACUGUUUUCAACAACAGACAAUCUGGCUAGAUCUGAUUUUCUUUACUAAACAAUUCCUUUUUGUAUUAAGUUGAAAACUUAUAAUAUACAUCAUAGUAAUAAAAUAGUCAAUAUUUGACAAUGCUGCAUUCUCAAAUUUGAACAAUAAUGCAAUUCUUACAGAUAAGUUAUGUUCAUAUUUUCUUUAAUAGUGUAAUGGGGGAAUGGAAAUAAAACAGUGGUGUCUCCAUUUUAGUUACUUUCAA